AUGAAGGCCAUCUACCUCUUUAGCGCGCUUUUCGCGGCUGCGGUUGCCGACGUCAAGCAAGACUACGAGCCGUGCAGCAUGCAGCACGACUACUGCGCCAAAGACAGCUGGAUCUGCUGCGUUGGCCCCAAGGAUGUCAAGUCGGGCAAGACCACGUGCCGCCCCGGUGGCAGUGACUGCAUCUGGGACUCGCCCGAGAUGCGCAAGUCGGACUACUGGGACUCGUCCGACUCGAGCUCCGGAUGGGACUCCGGUUCAGGCUCCGAUCCGUCUGAUGAGCCGAGUGACGAGCCGAGCGAUGAACCCAGCGACGAGCCGAGUGACGAACCGAGUGACGAACCGAGUGAUGAUCCGAGUGACGAACCGAGUGACGAACCGAGUGACGAACCGAGUGACGAACCGAGUGACGAACCGAGUGACGAGCCGAGUGACGAACCGAGUGACGAACCGAGUGACGAACCGAGUGACGAACCGAGUGACGAGCCGACUGACGAGCCGAGCGAUGAUCCGACCGAUGAUCCGACCGAUGAUCCGACCGAUGAUCCGACCGAUGUCCCCACGGACGCCCCGAAGCCAACGCCGUCGCCGUCGAGCCAGCCGGGCAACGGGUCGCCGAUUCUGGUCAACUUGGCCGUGCCCGACCACGUCGGCGUCGACUGCCCUGGCAUUCAGUCGCGCUUUCCGGCCGGCACGCUUUUCUGUGGCUCGCCCAAGCCGCCGGGUGCCAACAUCUACACGCCGUCGUGUGACCAGUCGAUGACCGUGACGUGGCACGGCAAGAGCGUCACCUGCGUGAUUUCGUUCCAGGCAUCGGGUGUCGGGUUGACGACCGACGCCUACGUCGAGCUUGUCCCGGAGGCCUACGCCGUGCUCACCGGCUCGACGCAGGGCGGCAUCAUCACGGGCGCAACCUGUACCGGCGUCUGCAACGUCGCCCGGUCGUAA